CUAGGCUAAUUUAGUGGUAGGCAAAUUUCUACAAAUUUCUAACACAUUGGAGGCUAAUCGAAUUAUGUAGGAGCAUAUGGGGUAAGCCCUGGGCUGUGGGCCACUGGGCAGUUUGCCCGAUCGGUGAUUCACGCUUGGAUUUAGAGGCACAUCAUCUCGUUUCAGCAGUUACACAUAGAUCUCAGGGCCUCGGAAGUGUCAUUUUUGGACUCGAGCAAUAGCUCAGUACUUCGAGUGGUGGUGUGGCGGCGGCUUCGAGCUGAUUCACGACUUUCGGGACGAAAUGGCCACCAGAAAGCUUUAAAACAGUAGGCGGGAGGAUGUCUGCAGAGGUGGAUGUGUUGCUGCAGGAGGCCAAAGAAAGCAUCGAGGCGGCCCAGAACUAUCGUAGUGAACUCCAGCAGCGCCUGCAUGGCCUCAACCAGGCCCGCAAACAGGUCCGGGGAAGCUCCGGACAGGCCCGUGAGGCCCUCCGGCGACACUUUGCGGAGCUGCAGGCAGCAGCUACUCGGUUGCUUACUGAGCGACUAGCCACCCUGCUGGGCGAGGUGGACGCCAUCGAGGCUGGCAGCGUCAAACCGCUAGAUGACUGCCAGAGCCUUAUUGAGCAUGGGGUGGGCCAGGCUGACGAGCUGCUGAGAGAAGGGGAAGCAGCUCUGCGUUGUGGUCUUGGGGAGAAGGAGGACAAACUUGGCAGUUUCACCAAGAAGGCAAUGCACAUUCAACUGGACAGUCUACCAGAGGUACCAGCAUUGGUGGAUGUGCCAUGCGUUUCAGCCCAGCUGGAUGAUUCCCUGCUGGUGGUGAUGAGGGAACGGGUGUCCCGCCACGGCUCCGUCUCCUCCCAUCCACCUGUCCAGAUAGAGGAACUGCAGGAGAGACCGGGAGGCAUCCUGGUCCGCUGGUGUAAGGUGGAUGAGGACUUUGCAGCAGCAGAUUACCGGCUACAGCACCGGCGGUCUGGCAGUGGGGGGAGCCAAUAUGAGGAUUCUUACAUUGGUCGGGACUGUGAGUUCCUGGUUCUCCACCUGGACCAUCACACGGAUUAUUUGUUCAGGGUCUGUGCCCGUGGGGAGGGUCGCACCGAGUGGAGCCCCUGGAGCAUCCCACAGAUAGGAUACACCACACUGGCACCACAUGAGUGGUGUCCAGGCACUGAGGGUUACAUUCUGAGCAGCAGGAGAAACAUCGCCCUGCGCAAUGACUCCUCCCAAUCGGCCUGCCCCAUCCUCUACUCCAACGCACCCACCUACUUCUGUGGCCAGACACUGACCUUUAAGAUUUCUGCAGCAGGUCCAACAGAUCGGAGGGACAGUCUGGGUGUGUGUGUGGACAGUGAGAGAGAGGCACAGUCACUCCAGAGAGACCAGGCCGUUUGCAUCUCCACCAACGGUGCUGUAUUUGUGAAUGGCAAAGAGAUGACCAACCAGCUUCCCCCCAUCACCAUGGGCUCUGCUGUUACCUUUGACAUGGAGGUGGUAAACCUGUUCCCCAUCACCAACAAUAACCUGAGCGAGGGGGGCAACUUCAAGCUGAGGGUGACCAUUGGCUCAGAGAACCGGGAGGUGGUGUUUGAUUGGCUGGUGGACCAGGCGGUGGACUCCCUUUUCUUUGGCUGCUCUUUUGUCCACUGUGGCUGGAAAGUGCUUGUGUUUUAAGAGCUCUGUCACUCACUUUUAAAAGAGCAAAUCAUCCUCCUGUCUGCUGACGUGCAGCAGCUCCUCACACAGGCUCUGUUAUCUUCAGUUUAAAUCUUCUCUUCCACUGCUUUUCCUUUUACAUCUGAAGCGCUUACAGGCCAAUGUAAAGUCUGGGGGGAAAGGAAACUCAGUCAUUUCUUCAACAUGAAAACAGUUUGCCUCACAUCAGUAUUCAUCAGUACAGUUCUGCCACAAGACUUUCCAGAUAUGGGACGUUCCUUUGGCAGCGCGACAGUAUUGAUCUGCAUGGCCUGGAAAACAUUUGCCGACUUCACAACAUCAUAAUGACACAAUGACAGCUGUGAGCUUGCAGUGAGAGGUUCCAGUAGAAGUCAGCCUUUAUUAAACACAGCAGGUUGUUCAACAUCAACUCCUCUGUCCUGCUGUCACAAAACGUCUUUUCUCAGGAGUGCAGGGACCUUCUUUAUGUGCAGUGUUAGAACCCCUGAGCCAAAGGUGGCAACAUCAGCAGCUUUCAUUUCUGUUUGGAAAAGAGGUGAAACCAUUGCUCAUGUUGCUCCAGAGUUAAUAUUCUUUGUAACAUCAAAAUAGGUCAAGAGAUCACAGGCCAUUUAAAAAUGGUGUAGAAUGUGAGAUCUGUUGAAUCUGUUUUUUACCUCUCUAGAGGCAAACAUUAUGUAUUAACAUGUACUUACCUGGGUUACUGGUAGCUCUCCGCAAUAACUUGUAACUACAGAUAGUGUCAAUUGCAUACUGAUUGCUCAGCUAUUAAUGUGUAAAAGGGUGAAUGUACUGUAAUUUAAGAACAUGCUACAUCUGUACCAGUGUCUCAGUACACUGCUGUCACUAAUGGACAGUCUGUGUGGACAGUGGGCCCUUGACAAUCUUUACAUCAAGUGAAUGUUUAUGCAGCUGUGGAAUUUGAGCUUACCUAGGUUUGUAAUCAACCUUUUACAUGUGAGCAUGUACCUGACUGAGCAUCACUUCUCUCAGCUGCAUGUAGCCCAACGUCCAUGAGACAGUCACUUAACCAUUUCAUUUAUGCUUCUGUGGAGAUGGAGUAUACAGCUAUAUGUUUUCUUUUCCAUUGUGAACCAGGUCCCCAUUUCCUAAAGACAUCCAAGUGUAAAACAGUCAUAAAAUCCAUCUCACUAAACUGAUACUAAAGAGAUGUUUCCCAAGA